AUGCUACUUCAUCGAUGCAGCAGCCAAACCGGACGCCUCUCUCAACAUCGACGUUUGCUUGUCGAGCUAAGACGUGGCAUGAUGCGUCGGCCAAUGGCUUCCGAUCGAGCUCUAAAUAAGAUCUUACGCGAUCGAGCAGCCACGCCCUCGGCGACGGCGUCCGGAGCGGACACCAGAUACAGUGUACACGGUCGAAGCGGUCCAACCAUCCUGCGCUUAUCGCUGAUGCGAAGCCACAUUGUGACCGGUGAAGCUGCGAAGGUGCAUCGGGGGUCGGUCGAUCGAGACAGAGAUCAACGCUCGUUUGCCAGUGUCUAG